AACUCUGCUGGAAAAAGAAACAAGUCUGAGUUAUUGUGUUUGUCUGUGUGAACAAACGUAAACAAUGUCUCAUCAUGGAGUUUUGCUGGAUGAGGACCAGUUCUGUUGUUCUAUCUGUCUGGAUCUACUGAAGGAGCCAGUCACAACUGCAUGUGGACACAGUUACUGUAGGAGUUGUAUUGAGGGCUACUGGGAUCGGAACAUUUUGAAAGGGGUCUAUAGCUGUCCCCAGUGCAGACAGACCUUCACUCCAAGGCCAACUCUGAGGAAAAAUAACAUGUUGGCUGAGGUGGUGGACAAACUGAAGAAGACAGGACUCCAGACUGUUUCUCCUGCUCUGUACUCUGCUGAACCUGGAGAUGUGGUUUGUGAUUUCUGUACUGGGACCAGGAAGCAGAAAGCCCUCAUGUCCUGUCUGGUGUGUCUGGCUUCUUACUGUGAGACUCACCUUCAACCUCACUAUGAAUCUACUGCCUUUAAGAAACACAAGCUGAUCAAAGCCACCACACAACUACAGGAGAAGAUCUGCUUACAUCAUGAGAAAUUGCUGGAGGUUUUCUGUCGUACUGAUCAGCAGUGUAUCUGUACGCUUUGUGUGAUGGAUGAACAUAAAGGCCAUGAUACAGUAUCAGCAGCAGCAGAGAGGACUGAGAAACAGAGGCAACUCGUGAUCAGUCAGCAGAAGGUCCAUCAGAGAGUCCAGGAGAGAGAGAAGGAGGUGAACAAGCUCCAGCAGGCUGUGGAAUCUCUCAAGCGCUCUGCACAGACAGCAGUAGAGGAUAGUGAAAAGGUCUUUACUGAGCUGAUCCUCUCCAUUGAGAGAAGAUGCUCUGAGGUGAAGGAGCUGAUCAGAGCCCAAGAGAAGACUCAAGUGAGUCAAGCUGAAGGACUCCUGGAGAAACUGAAGCAGGAGAUAGCUGAGCUGAGGAGUAGAAGCACAGAGCUGGAGAAGUUCUCACACAUAGAAGAUGACAUCCAUUUCCUCAAGGGUUAUCAGUCUCUCUCCAGUACCAGUGUGUCUUCUGACUUACCCAGCAUCACUGUCCGUCCUCUUCAGUACUUUGGAUAUGUGAGUGAGACUGUGUCUGAACUGAGAGAGAAACUGGAAGACGUCCUUAAAGGAGAAUGGACCCAGAUCUCCACUACCGUGAAAGUAGUGGAUGUGUUGCCUCCAGACCCCAAGACCAGAGAACAGUUCUUACAAUAUUCCUUUAAGCUUACACUGGACCCAAACACCGUAUGUGAAGAACUCUUUCUGUCUGAAGGAUACAGAAAAGUGACUUUUAUAGAUCAAGCCCAAACAUAUCCUCACCAUCCAGACAGAUUCACCAACUACUACCAGGUUUUGUGUAGAGAGGGUCUGACUGGACGCUGUUACUGGGAGGUGGAGUGGAGUGGGAACUGGGUUCACACAGCAGUCUCAUAUAAAGACAUCAACAGGACAAGGCCAGGUAAUGCAUUUGGAUCCAAUAACAUGUCCUGGGGUUUAGGUUGCUCUAAUGGAGAAUAUUGUUUCAUACACAAUAAUAUUAAAACUAAUAUAUCAGGCCCUCAAUCCUCCAGAAUAGGAGUCUACCUGGAUCACAAGGCAGGUACUCUGUCCUUCUACAGUGUCUCUGACACAAUGACCCUCCUCCACAGAGUACAGACCACAUUCACUCAGCCCCUCUAUCCUGGGUUUCGUCUUAGUAGAUAUAAUGAUACAGCUGAGCUCUGUAAACUGUGGCAGGGACCCGUAUAGAUAGUAGUAAUGCCAGUGGUAAUGGUCCCUGUAUAGAUAGUAGUAAUGCCAGUGGUAAUGGUCCCUGUAUAGAUAGUAGUAAUGCCAGUGGUAAUGGUCCCUGUAUAGAUAGUAGUAAUACCAGUGGUAAUGGUCCCCGUAUAGAUUGUAUUAACACCAGUGGUAAUGGUCCCCAUAUUGAUUGUAUUUACACCAGUGGUAAUGGUCCACAUAUUGAUUGUAUUUACACCAAUUGUAUGGUCCCCAUAUAAAUUGUAUUUACACCAGUGGUAAUGGUCCACAUAUUGAUUGUAUUAACACCAGUGGUAAUGGUCCCCAUAUAGAUUGUAUUUACACCACUUGUAUGUUCCCCAUAUAGAUUGUUUAAACACCAGUAGUAAUGGUCCUCAUAUAGAUUGUAUUAACACCAGUGGUAAUGGUCCCCAUAUAGACUGUAGUUAUGCCAGUGGUAAUGUUCCCCAAAUAGGAUAAAUCAUAGUUCUGUUUUCCUAUUAAAUAAAAAAUCUGAAUAGAUUUUCAGAGGCUUCUUGAAUUAAUAUUUAAUGCUACUGGUAAUAUAGUGUUUAUGAAAGGCAAUGUGUUAAUCUUGUAAAUACACUUUCAUUAGCUAAUUUAUCUUACAUCAACUUGAUGGCCCAGCCAUUAUUUUUGCAAUGAAAAUAUACUGCCCUGUUUGCUGGACAUAUAACUGUAUUGUUAGGCUAAAAAGCACAUUCAUUUGAAAUGUCUAUGAAACUGGCCUUAGAUAUCCUCUGUUGCCAAACCACAUUGUCAAACAUUAAACCUGUCCAGCAGGUGGUGAUAUUGACCAAAAUAUAUAUAUUUUUAAAACACAAUUCUUGAUUUUCCAAUUCAGUUCAAUGAUUUGUCCAUUCUAUUUAUUUAUUUUCUGUAAUUUAAUCCUAUCUGAUCAGUAAGCCAGAUAACACAGAACUGUACUAUGAUGUCAAUGUUUGUUGUUUUAAACCGGGAAUAUAUUAACUUAGGCCUGCAGCUGUUCAAUGAUUACAUACUGGUAAAUAAACACAGAAAAAGAA